AUAUACCUGGAUAGGAUGGGACCAAUCCUUUUUACACACACACAGGUAGCCAGUGGUAGGAUUUCAGUUAGUAUGUCUUGUGUUCUCACAUGAAUCUGGUAUGUGUUUGGACUGAAUUGUUGAUUCCUCCAUGAUACUAUAGUAUGUAGGGUCGAAACUUGGUCUGUAUUGGGGUGAUGGUGGAAGGACCAGAAGGGAAUCAAAUAUGUGGAAUUGGAGUUCAUCCAAGCUUCUAUGGAAUGUUAGAUCUGAUGAGUUGUAGUUUGAUCACGUCGGAAUGGAUGGCGAGCUGGUGAGGCAUCUCGGAGGUUGCCAUUGCGGGGCCGUUAGGUUUGAGAUCAUGGCUCCAAGGAAAGUGACAGUUUACAACUGCAAUUGCAGCAUAUGUACAAAGAAGCAGAACAGGCAUUUCAUCGUUCCCAAUUUUCGCUUCAAACUAUUGCAGGGAGAAGAUAAUCUAACAUGCUACACGUACAACACCAAAGCAGCUCAGCACACGUUUUGUAAAACCUGCGGAGUCCAGAGCUUCUACACACCCAGGUCUCACCCUGAUGGCAAAGGUGUGGCACCCCACUGCCUGGACGAAGGAACACUAGAAGGCGUCACAGUGGUUGACUUUGAUGGAGUCCACUGGACCCAGAACAUGGCACAGAAUACGGGUAACAUCAAGGAGAUGUCUAAAGAGAAUGACAAACUCAGUGACCAGUGAGUGCUGUCUUGUAUUCAUCAAAACCCGAGACAGUUCACCAAUUCCUAUUGGUCGAGAGCCAGUCAUGCAGGUGAUUAUAAAUUACCGCCGGUAAAACACCGCUGCAUUCUGCGCCACAUCACGAAGUAUGCGCCGCGUACACGCCAAUUUCCAUAUAAGGAGAUUUUUAGUACUAGGCACAAGAGGCACAUGCCAUAGACAUGGCCAGAGGGGUUUUCCACAAAAAAAUGGAGUAAAAUUGUUAACUCGUUGGAAAUUUGUGGAUGUUAGAAUUGUGUUGACUGUUUUACCAAAAGGUAUGUAGAAUGGGAAUAAAUAUGGGCUUGGCCAGUAUGAAACAAUUACAUUUAAAACUGAUUAGGGACCUGGAUAGGGAUAACGAAAAACCGGCCAAGCACAUAUUUAUUCCCUUAUUGAAGUUGCAUUUCCCGUGCUCUUUGACAAAUUCAAUUUUUGUUUUUCUUGUGGUAAUGAAUUUUCAAGUUGUACAUUUAUUUCAACCAAAAACCUUUUUUUAGGGUCUUUUUGGGGCAUCUACAACCCUCUGAAAAAAACCCAAGCAGUUUAGAUUUUGGUCGCAAACAGAGCAGACUGGCUCCCGGUCUAUACAUUAUUGAUACUGAUUGCAGGGUGGGAGCCAGCCUAUACCUGCGAAAACAAUGGAAUUCAAUUUGUUUGAUGUCUCAUUAAAAGUAAAUAAUAAAUAAUAAUAAUAACAACAUUUAUAAAGCGCCUUUUACUUAUUCUUGAGGGUAAAACUUGAAAAUGGCAUGGGAAAUCAUCUUUAAACUUGAAGUAGUCAUUGUACUCAUACUCGUACCAGUCCUUCUGAUUUGAGGCGUGCGAUCACACCCCCACACCAUCGCACACCUAAAAGCUUCCCGAGAAGUGUGAAUAAUUGCACGCCUGAAUUUCCCUGGACCACAGA